AUGAUCUUCGCUGCCCGUCAACUUCAGGAGAAGUGUCAGGAGAUGCGGACCCACCUGUACUCUACCUUCGUGGACAUGAGGAAAGCCUUCGACACGGUGAAUCGUGAAGGACUGUGGAAGAUCAUGCAGAAAUUCGGCUGUCCGGAGCGAUUCACUCAGAUGGUGCGUCAGCUGCACGACGGUAUGAUGGCGCGAGUCACGGACAACGGAGCCGUCUCAGAGGCAUUCGCAGUGAACAAUGGUGUGAAGCAGGGCUGCGUACUGGCGCCUACCCUCUUCAGUUUUAUGUUCUCUGCCAUGCUGAUGGACGCCCACCGCGAGGAACGCCCCGGGAUCCGCAUCGCCUACAGGACGGACGGUCAUCUUCUGAAUCAACGGCGGAUGCACUUCCAAUCGCGCGUAUCCACAACCACCGUUCACGAACUCCUCUUCGCCGACGAUUGA